CUGACUGCAAUACAGCUGUAAGCCAAGGAGUGACUCUGAUUGUUUUUCAGAUAUAUCUGACGACAGUACAGCUGUAAGCCAUGGAGUGACUGUGAUUGUGUUGUAACCAGAGUAAGGAUGGGGGCGUACAACAGCAGUUUUGUGAUAGAAGACACGUCUGACACGGCCGUGACGCAGUACACACACCCUAACCAGGCCAACUGGAUCACCGCCCACGCCAUAGCAACGGAAUUGAGUAUUGCUGAAGUGGAGCGCCUGUGGAUGCGGUUUCAACAACUUGGCUGUAAUCGAGAAGGAGUGAUCACCGAGAUUGUACUCAAGACCGAACCGCAAAUCAAGAACGACGCAUUCGUCAGAAACAUUUUCAAAAACAUGAAAUCUCGGAAUGGAGCUGUUUCAUUUGAAAGUUUUCUGCGAGCAUUAAAAUGGACAGAAAUUCAAGAUACACAAUCAAAGGUGAAAGCAAUAUUUCAUUUGUUGAACAAUGGAAAGCCAGUGGAUAAGAAUCUGUUUACAAAUAUUAUUUCCAAACUGUAUCCAGAAGCUCCACCUCAAGAAACACAAAGAAUUGCUGAGCUUUUCUUUAAGCAGAUGGACAAAGAUUUACACGGGGAGCUAACUGAGGACCAGUGGAUCCUGGUGUUGAUGAGACUGCCCCGAGAUCAGCUCAAUCACCUUCUCAACUUCCACAUCAUGCCCGAGGACAUGCGUGAGAGAGUCCAUCGCAAUCUGCCAGAGUUUAACAGCAGGAACGCCAGUCGUCUGACGGGCUACACUCCAGCCAAUCAGGGCCUGCCUACCUACCGUACAGGAAACGUAACAAUCAGCCCCCCAGCCCGCAUGACGGUGAGCCAGGUUCCGUCAGACGCCCUCCUGCGAGAUGUCGCCGACAUGAUCAAGGGACGCGACUGGGACCUCGUCGCCAACAAGCUCGGCUUUCUGCAGGAGGAUAUCAGCAACUUCAGACAGAUCUACCCAGACAGCUCCUACCAGCAGGUCUAUCAAAUGUUGCGGGAGUGGAAGUUGAAGGAGGGAGGCAACGCACGGGUGGACGUGCUGGAGCGAGCACUCAGGGAAGGAGGAAUGGUGGAUGCUUCUCUUGCUCUAGGACCCUAGCUUCACACAGUUUCACGGGGACUUGUUCUUCAACAACCUAUAACCAUGUUUUAAGCUAUGAAUUUAAUGGUGCAUGUAAAAGAAAUAGGUUAUAUGACCGCCAUAUUGGAUUUAAAGAUGGCUGCCUUAUUUAAACAUUUUCAUUUCAUUUCAACUUAUUUUCAUGCUUAUAUCCAAUUAAGG